UCCAUGAGGAGAGGCACUGACAGACACCAAGAGACUUUGCUCCCAGGUGUCAGAGUGCCAGUAUCCCAUGUUGCUCAGUACCUCUGUCUUGCUGUUCUUUAUAUCUAAGGCUGUCCUGCCCAAAUAUGUUGCCAACCAUUGUGGCACAUCACCUGUUAUGGUACAGGAGGGCAUUUAUUCCCUAACUCUAUAUGAGCUGGGCUUGGCUUUAAGAAAAUUAGAUCAGAUUUUAUACCAGGAAUGCUCUGGAAAUGCUCUUUCUCUUCAUUAAUACUUCAAAACUGUUCUCUAUUGCUUGGAUGAAAGAAAUGGGAAACAGUAGUCCAGAUUCUGGUAUUGGUAUUUGGCAGGUGAAAAUCUAGGCUCAGCUUUUGCCGGUUAGGAUUUUGAUGAACUCCAUGGGAGAGGCAUAGAGGUAAUUUUGUGUUUUGACCAGUUUACAGGAGGUCAGGAGGUAGCUCUGGAGGUACAAAAGCUGCAGGCCAAAUCCAGCAGCCUGCUCCACUCCUCAUGGAGUCCCAGGUUCCUGCUGGGUCCAGUGAGGACCCAAGUAAGGCCUGUAGGGUUGGACCCAUUCUGUUUGUCACCUCAGGAUGGUCACUAGGACUUGACACUAACUGAGUCUCCUCUUGCUGUCUUUGCCACUCUCUAUUCCAAAGCUUUGCUCUGUCCCUGUUCCCAAGAUUUUUAGCUUUCUGCAUGACAUACUAACAUAAGGCUAUGGACAUUUGUGUAUUUCUGAGUUUCCCACACCAUUUCUUAACUGUAGUCACUCCUGUCACAAAGGAAGUGUGCCUGACUACAAACCACAUUAGCAACGGUGCUUGCCUCUUCAUUGUGUUCAGUGGGAAACCCUGCUCCCAAAAGGCCAUCUGGGCAGCACAUAUCGGGAGAGAAGCAACAGGAGUAAUGAGCAUCAAUCAAGACUUGGGAAAGCAGCAGCAUCUUUAAGUCUUCCUAAAGAGCUAACAUCCUGCAGAGGUUCUGGUAGGAGGCUAUUUGCUAAUGCAAUAGUUCAAAUAUGUCAUCCAGAUCCAGUAUCUUGGGAUCCUAUUAAGUUUUCUGUGCAAUAUUAUGUAUAUUUGGAACUAUUCAUUAUCCUUAGUGUAAAGUCCACUGACUCUGCUAACUUUAUAAUGGGGAAGAAUUUGUUAACAGUUUCCUUUAGGAUUUCCAAGCAAAGAAGAAGCAGAAUUUUGGGUAAUUGAGCAUCUAAUCUGAGUAACUCUUCUAAGAUAGUCAGUAAUUGGCUCAUUUUUCCCCUCACAGACUAUGAAACCAAAGAGAAAAUAAAAAGCUAUUUUAACUGUGUUUAUUUCAGGCUAGCAUGACUAUUUCAGUGGAGUUAACUCAGGAAUUCCCUGGGUGCUGAGUAGAGAAAUAAGAGGUUUGUGUGUAAAAUCCUGGUGCAGAGCUCCCAGGCAGAAUGAGCAGUGGCAGAUGUGUAGGAGGUGAUGGGCUCAGCCUGCUCUGCAGUGACUGAGGGGCUGCAGCAGCUGCUACGCUGGCCUCUUACCACCCUCCUGCACAUCUACAGGACCACUGGGCAAACCCCAGAGCCAGCCAGAGCCCACAGCUCUGAGAGAAGAAAGCCAAAGGCAGACCAAGUUGCUCAAAUCAUGCAUCAGUUCUACUUUAUCAUGGAGAGUUAGUCCUCCCCCCAGAUAAAAGUCCUAUGAUACAGGAAUGCAGUAAUGCUCAGAUUCCUGAGAAUGAGACUAAACUUCUUGCUGUGUGCUGUGGAUAAUUGCAGGGAAGGCAUCCGAGACUAAGCAGCUCUGUUGGACUAAACCUGGAGUAUCUGUUGAUGUGACUUACUGGAAGGGGAAAUCAUUGCUGUUCUUGUAGGUGCUUAUUAGUGAGUUAAUCUGGGAACCAGAAAGUCUCUCAUAGAAGUGCCAGUGGGCCCUGCUGAUCACGGGACUGGCACAUUUCUUCUUCAUGCGCUUGAUUAACGAGCUCAAGAAAUGAGUUACUCCUCAGGAGUUUGUGUUUCAGAGGAUCUCCCCAAGAGGGAUACACAGAGCAAAAGACUGAUUUCAGAGGUGGCAUUACAUGGGCUCAAAGAUAAUGCACAAGCUUUGAGGAGAACAUGUGAAAUGGUGUCACAAAAGCUUUCCCACAACUUGACAUAAAAGACUCCAAGCUCAACAGCUGCUGCUCUGUACGAAAAGAAGGAGCCUAUUCAAGAGCAGUACAAUAGGGAUGGAAAAGCAGAUCCUGGAAGAGGUCAUUUAAACCUUACCUGGUCUUACGAAUAAUGAGUUGCAGAGGGAGAGAGAAAUGUGUCCAUGGGUAUAUGUAUUCACGUUAAAAGAUGUGUGACCACACACACAUGUUACUAUAUACAUAAAUGCAUGUAUAUUAAUGUAAAUACAAACAGCAAUUACUUACUACAGUAAGAGAUCCCCAAACACAAGCCCUAACAUUACUUGACACUAAUUUAUUACUACUAUUAUUACUAUUAUUACUAUUAUUAUUAUUACUCCUGUACUGAAUCUUACAGAGGGAGAUAUAAUUGCUCACAGACAAAAGCGUUAAACUGAUUAAGCCCACUUGGAGUAAAUCUGGGACCAGAAUGUGUGGUUCUAGACAUGGGGUUAGUGCUGCUCCCUGCCCAUUGCACCCUGCUUGUGGUGUAACAGGGCAACAUCACUGCCAGCCUUACUCCACACAGUCCAGGGUGCAUGUCCAGGGGAUGCAGAAAACACUGCUGCCGUGUCCUUCUUUUAGAGCUCACAAAAGAAGGCAGGUAAAAUGCAGGCAGCUCUGGUUCACAUUUUCCAUCAUACAUCUCCACUGUGCGUUUAUAGGCUACAAAUAGCAAGAGCGUUAACUCUUCCUGUUGCAGGAACCUACUGAACAAGGAUUGUGCGUCUUAAUAUAGAAAUUGGUCCAGUGGAGAGUAACGAGGAAUCAGGAAUUUGAUUUCUAACGAGUUUAUGGGCCAUAUAGAUUCCUUUUGCACUCAGUUUUCCUUUGUGCACAGCCUAAAUUAAAAUAGUGAGCUGUUUUCUGUUUCACAUGGGCAGGGCUGGUGUCAGUCCCUGGGGGAGAACGGCUGGUCCUGGGUGGGUGGAAUUCCAGAGAUCCCACUCUUUCCCCAGGCAGGCAGAACGUGCUGGUGUGUGCGUGUGCCUGGCUGCCUGCUCCAGCGUGUGCCUGUCCUGCGAGCUGACCUGCUCCUUCCUGCACCGUGUGAGCCCCAGGCUGCACCGGGAAUGCUAUUGAUCCGCGGCAUUAGUCAGCAGCCUUUUCCCAUUGAAGGCCAGCUCUUUCCCAGCUUCUGACACGUAAUUCUGAUCCCAGCCUUUCACGUACCACACACUCCCCACCUGCUCAUCUGGGAGAAGGUCAUUAUCCCCAGGCUAUUCAGUGGCAAUGGAGCAUGCAAGAAUAGAUGCUUCUCCUAUUGUGCUGCCCGUCUCCCGGAUUGGCUGUGGAGUGUGGGAAACACCACCAAGCCAGAGACCCACAGACUCUUGGAGAGGUUGUACAGUAUAAAUACCAGGCAGAGCCAGCCUCCAGCCACACGCUUCUCCUGGACUUCCACUUUGAGACCGUCCCUCCUUUCCCAGGACAGAUGGCUCCCAGCACUGUUUUCAUGGAGCCCGACAGCCUGCUGACACCAAAGGAGAAAAACAAACUGAGGAAGCCGGUGGUGGAGAAAAUGCGUCGUGACCGGAUUAACAGCAGCAUUGAGCAGCUGAAACUGCUGCUGGAGAAGGAGUUCCAGAGACACCAGCCCAACUCCAAGCUGGAGAAAGCCGACAUCCUGGAGAUGGCUGUCAGCUACCUGAAGCAGCAGAGCCAGCUGCAGGUGAAGGCUGCAGGACCCUUCCAUAAGAGCUCUCAGUUUGACUUCAGAGAGGGCUAUUCCAGGUGUUUGCAAGAAGCUUUCCAUUUCCUCUCUCUUCACAAAGUCCGAACUGAAACACAAACCAAACUUUUAAGCCACUUCCAGAAGAGCCAGUCGGCUGCCACGGAGGUCACCUUUUCCCCUGGGAACCCCAGCACCCUGAAGCCAGCAUCUCCGAAAGAUGCCAGCACCCUCUGGAGGCCCUGGUAGUCCAGGAGUCCUUGUUUUGUGGACCUUUGCCUUUUACAGUCCAGAGGAAGGCUCUGACUGCAUCUGAUAGUCCAGCUCCGAUCCUCUCUUCUGUAGGGAAUGUUAUUUCCCCGUGUAUUUUAUUUAUCUGUGCACAGAAUGGCAUACUUUUGACUUUGGGAUCCUUUGGCAAAAGUUCAGGCAUUCUGUUGCAUGGUCCUGGAGCUGUGUAGACACUGCUGGUAACAGUACACAGCGUGCUGCAAGCCAGGGUGAAUGCCUUCAAAAUGAAGGGGGGUGUGUUGUAAGUGUUACAGUAGUGAUGGACACAAAUUGCUGUAGGAGAGAUUUCUCUCAUAUUGCUUGUAAGAGGCAUCAGCUCUGCUCUGGCUUGACCAGCAACAAUUGUUUGCUCAGUCACCCCGGAGGAUAAAUUUCCUGCCCUUUUGUUCAUGCACACUUGAUUAAAAUCAGUUUCCCUCUGUUUGCUUAUAACUUGUACAGAAUCAAAGAUGGGUUUGGUUUGGUUUUGGAUUUUUCCCCUAUGGUCCUUUCAUAAUCCUAGAAUAUAAAGGACAGAAACUAGGAAACUAUGUGGAAUAUUUCUACUACUUUGCUGCUUUUUUCGAUUUAGAAAAAGAGGAUGUUACUGCUUUACGUUAAAGAAAAGGUAGUGGGUAAAAGGCUUGAUUUGUCAAUGUUAUACAUUUUGUGUGUAAGCUAUGCUUUUUCUAGCAUUUUCAUUAUAAUAAUGAUUUUUGUCUGUAUUGAGUGGUUUAAUUCAUGGUGGAUAGUGUUUCUCCCACAAGUGGGACAGCCCUAUGGCUACCUGCAUACUGUGUAUGCGUCUCUGUGUUUGUAGAGAGCAAUAAAAUGCAUUUGUGUGCAA